AUGUGGAGAAAGAAACAAAUUGAAAAUAUUAAACAACAACAACAACACACAGCAGCUGCAGCCGACACUCCUCAAUCGGUAUCACCACUGAGUAAACCCAACCUUCUAACCAAAAUUCAAAUUCAGGAAAUUAUACAAAAACAAGUUUCAAUACCCAUCGAUAGACACUCAGUGGCCGAUGAUGAAAUUAAUGGAAGAGGCGACGACUGUUCGAUAUCUUCAUCAAGUACCGGAACUACGAACUACUGCUUGUAUUAUUUCACGGAACUAAACUUUCCUGACGUGAACAAUUUGCUCGUGUUUGAACUUCGCUUCUCAACACAAAUUAUUACUCCUGUACAAAAACUUCAAAUCAUUAAUGCUUCAAAAGGAGAAAACAAAAAACCCAUUGAAAACACAGAUGACAUGGAUAGAGAUGAGGAUGUGUUGCCAUGUCCUACUGAGUCUUCGUUGAACUAUACUCAUUAUAAAUUUGCAGUGACUGUUCCUCCUGAAUUUCCAAACAAGAAUUUGAGUAUAUCAUUGAUAAGCAUUCAUGGACAAGGAAUAACGGAUAGUGUCACGCGACAACAAGGUGCAAGUCCUUCCGCUGACAUUAGCAACAACGUCACAGCAGCUGGGGCAUUUCAAAACAAAACCUCAAAUUUCACCCAUCAACAAUCUAUACAGUAUUGUGUUGUUGACAGCCAACUCAGAUCCUCACACAACGAUUCAUCCUUGAUAUCAGUAACUGAGGUAAUCAAGUUUUUGAAAAAACUUAUUUUUGAUGCCGAAAAGAGAAAUUUUGAAUCUCAACAAGGUGAUACUCUUUCCAUGCUAUUUGGAAAUGAUAAAGACCUGCUCACACAGCUAGAGAGUCAAUAUUUCUUACCAGAUUAUGAUUCAAUGGUGAUAGAAGAAAAAGUCGUCGAUAGAAGACACAAUUAUGUAUUAAGAUCAUGUAUAUAUAACCAACAAUGUUAUGCUGUGAGGACAGUUAUUUUUUCAAAACCAGAACAGCUUGAAUCGUGGAAGAGAGAAGCUCUCUUGCUUUGUACAUUGAAACAUCCAUCUAUUGUUGAUCAUAUUGGAUAUGGCCUUCGAGCUGACAAAUUUCAAUUCAAAAUUCUAAUGGAGCACUGCAAAUAUGGAUUCCUUUAUGACAUUCUUUUUAAACCACCAGCAAAGAAAAAAUCAAGUUUAGACACAAACAACUUGAAAGAGCAAUUAAGGGAUCCAGAGAUCAUUUAUAGAGUUGCUAUUAGCGCUGCAAAGGCAUUGCAUUAUUUACAUACCGAAAAGAAAAUGAUUUAUGUUAACGUGAAUAGCGCGAACAUUAUGCUUGCUGAUGAAUUCCAAACCAAGUUCUUGGUGGACUCAAGUACUUGCUAUGUGUGUAAUGUAGCAGCAUCAGGACCAAUCAGCGACAUUUCGCCGUCACAAUCAACUGAAAAUCUUAUUAUUCCACCUGCAUUAAUCAAAUAUUACAAUCCAAAUGUUAGUUCUGCAGAAACAGCAGUACUGGUGCAGUAUAAAUCACCAGAGCAAAUUUUAUUACCUAAACGGAAGUACUUACUCACUUCGGCUGUGGACAUUUUUGCGUUUGGUAUUGUCCUAUAUGAAAUAUUUACACAGAGGAAUCCAUGGAAAGGUACACAACCCAAGACAAUUUUAGAGAAGGUUGCUAAUGGAGAACGACCCGAAUUGUCUCCUCAACUUGUUCUUGUUCCUCAACAAUUAGAGAUUGUAGAAUUAAUUUCAUGGUGUUGGCAACAGGAUCCCUCAGAGAGACCAAAUAUUUCUCAAGUACUGAAUGCAUUGACACAAUUAUCCUGUAAGAAAGCACAAUAA